UACACCUGGCUAGUUUACACACACCGCGUUUACACCAUAACAGCUGUAUGAGAAUAUAGUCACUGAGCGUGUCGCUAGCUAUCUUAGCAACAUUUCCACUGACUUAGUAAGGUUAGCCAACGCUGUCGGACCGUCGUGUGUUCACAUCCUGGAAUGGAAGUGUUGGGAGAGCAGUACUACAGAGAUGCCAUGGAGCAAUGUCAUAACUACAAUGCCAGGCUCUGUGCUGAGAGGAGUGUCCGGAUGCCAUUCCUCGACUCUCAGACUGGCGUGGCUCAGAGCAACUGCUAUAUUUGGAUGGAAAAAAGACAUAGGGGACCAGGCAUGGCUCCAGGGCAGCUUUACACCUACCCAUCCAGGAGGUGGAGGAAGAAACGACGAUCUCAUCCUCCAGAGGACCCCCGGCUUAUUUUCUCUCCUGUCAAGCCAGAGGUAGAUAUAGGACUGAAGAAGGAUGCUGUGUUAUCUGCGGAUGGCAGCAGCCUGGAGGCCCUGCUGAAGGGGGACUCCUUGGAAAAACGGGCGACCACAGAGCUCCGAGGGUCUGAGGAGGAUUCAAACCAAAAUGACUACACCGGAGGCCUGAACCCUGCUGCUCGGAUUAGAAAGAGAAUCCUUGAGCCAGAUGACUUCCUGGACGACCUGGAUGAUGAAGACUAUGAGGAAGACACGCCUAAAAGAAGAGGCAAAGGGAAGGGGAAGGGUCGAGGAGUGGGCAGUAACAGGAAGAAGAUGGAUACAGCAGCACUGGAGGACAGAGACAAGCCAUACGCCUGUGACAACACUAUCAAACAAAAGCAUAUUUCAAAACCUUCUGAAAGAGUCUGUGGGAAGCGCUACAAGAACCGUCCCGGCCUGAGCUACCACUACGCCCACUCCCACCUGGCUGAGGAGGAGGGUGAGGAGAAGGAAGAGAUGGAGAUCAACGAGCCGGCCCUGCCGCUGCCCAAUGAGCCUAAAACUACCAAGAAAGGCCCAGAUGGUGUUGCGUUGCCUAAUAAUUACUGUGAUUUCUGCUUGGGAGACUCCAAAACCAAUCACAAGACUGGCCAGUCAGAAGAGCUGGUGUCCUGCUCCGACUGCGGACGUUCAGGCCACCCCUCCUGCUUGCAGUUCACUCCUGUAAUGAUGGCCGCUGUGAAGACGUACCGCUGGCAGUGCAUAGAGUGCAAGUGCUGCAACAUGUGCGGCACCUCAGAGAAUGACGAUCAGCUUCUGUUCUGUGACGACUGUGAUAGAGGCUAUCACAUGUACUGUCUCAACCCACCCAUGUCUGAACCUCCAGAGGGGAGCUGGAGCUGUCAUCUAUGUCUGGUACUCUUGAAAGACAAGGCAUCCAUAUACCAGAACCAGAACGCACCACCAUCGUGAUGGCCGCCCCCCCUGCACACACUCAUCACUCGACCGUCCUGCAGCAGUAUGGUUUACCUUCCAGAUAGAUGAUAAACUCCCCUGACGAGCUGACCGCGGAGGGAGUGUGUUCAGAACAGACAAUAAGUUGUGAAAAGGGAAGUAUCCCUUACCAAACUGGCCUCACUUAGCUUCAGAUAUGACUGUUGCACAGUUCCUAGCUCAGAUUCAGCCCUAUUGAUUAUUAGUUUCACCUCUUUGCUACAUAGCCAAUUUGAGCAGUACUGAAUUUCAACAAGAUACACAGCAUAAAUAGCCAAAAUAUUACUUCCUGUUGAGGUUUUUUUUACACAUACGCCUACACAAAGUUGCUAAAACUUUGUCUCUAUCCUGCAGUGUACUGAUUUUAUGACUAGAGCAGAUAUAGAGCUUGGAAUCAAGUAGCAUGCCAAUGCUUGCUCAUCCUAAAAAAAAGAGACAUUUUAUAAUAUUUAUAUAUUUCUAUGGUAUAUAAUAGUGUUAAGUAUGUACAAAUUGGAAAAAGAAUGGUCAUGUAAUGGUCUUUUUAUUAGUGCCCAUCUCAUCAUUAUGGAAAAAUCCACAAACACAUUUUCUUUUAGGGCACUGCUGAUAUUUGUUGAUUCACUUGAUAGAGACUAAGGGAUUUGCUGAGACUGUAAAUGGUUUUCCAUGUCAUCCACUGCCACUGGCCACACACUGACACUCACAUAAACUUAAAACAAAACAGGAACUAUGAAUAGAAACCCUGACAUACUCGUCAAAGUGGCUCCAAACGCUGAAGGACUUCAGGGAUGGCAGGUUAGACUUUAGUUGUUCACUCUUUUGUGCUAGUGCCUGAUUGAGCUGCACAGAGCUCAAGAGGAUGCAUGAGAACAUAAUAAUGUGCAUGAGGACAUAAUAAUGUGCAUGUUUCAUUCAGGCUUUGGAGCCUUUUUGACAAAACGGUCGGCUUUUUACUCUGGUCCUGACGACUGCAGAGACACAAAGGAGAAAUUAUGCUGAUACUUGACUGAAAAACUGUCUUCAGUCUGCACACCUGGCCCUUGUUUGAUAGAUGUGAUAAUGUGAUGAUGGUUAUUAUUCCAGUCAAAUUAAAAACAAAUCUUGUGUGCAUUAUCAGCCAGGUAAAGGGAUAAAAAGCCUCCAUUGCUGUGUUCUAGUAGUUUGCUGAUCAUGCACCAUAUCCAAUAUCUGUUGAUGUUGUGACACCACUAGAUUAUUUUAAUGUAAUUAAGGACUAUGCGACCUUGCAGAUGGUCACUUGCUGACAAUGUUAAAGCAAUAUCAAAGCGCCUGUAGGAUGCUGGGAUGACACAGACUCCUAACAGAGUCUGUUAAGGCUCUGUUGGCAGAUAAUGUGUGCGAUACUGUAAAUUUUCUUUCUCAGAAAAUGCUACAGAUAGGGGACUGUGGCAGCAAUUAUUGAUGGUUCCAUAUUGUAGAAAAGAGAUUAUAUUGUGUAUAUGUAUAGUCCUAUGGAGAAACCGCCCUUUUCUGUCACUGCUUUUGUAGUUUUAUUAUGCAAUGGUUUCCUUCUGUGGCAAGGCUAAAAGAAGAAGUCUUUCUGAACUGCUAAAGCAGUUACUUUACCUCAAACAGAAACAGUAUUUAAAGGGUUGAAACAUGCUGUUGAUAGAUGGGACAAAGGCACCGGGAUGAAUAGUGAUGACAGCUGCAGUGUCUGCUUCGAUAACUGCAUAUUCUUCAGAUAAACAAGUGCAUGCUCAGUAAUUGUCUACACUCUCAUAUGCUAUGUAGUCGUCUCAGCGUUAGGUCUGCAAAGGUGUUGGGAAGUGGUGUAAUAUAAAUUAACCAUGCUAUCAUGUCAUUUCAAUAGCCAACUAACAAUUACUAAAGCAUUACACAAGUAUAACUUUGUUUAUUUUCUCAUCACGGUUAAACUUAGUUAUUUAGAGACAGUGGCUACUAGAAUAUUUUGCUGGUUGUUUUUGUAUUCAUGGAUGAUGUUUUGAUCUGAUGUGUGGGACAUUUUGGGACUUAAGUGGAAGUUGCUUUCUAGUUAAUCCUGUGAUCCAGGUGUCAACUGAGCCGCUCUCUUCCAAAGCUCGAGACAAGAAGCAAAGCCCAUAAUGUGAUUAAGAGGCACAUUCUGCACGAUGGACCCAGUAUCCACCGUCUAAGCUGCACUCAGAGGAAAGCCAUAAACAAGAAGGAAGUCCACCUGUUGAUGUCAUAUUAUAAUUGUAUAUAAUUGUUUAAGAGAUUAUGGGUUUCUGGUCUCUACUUUUGGGAGAGAAUUGUUCAUGACAGCAAAUAAUGUUUAAACCAAGAUCAUAGGUUUACAUAGUAGGUAAAAUCUCUUAGGGUGGACUUUAAUUUGGAUUAUGAUGGAAUGUUUUAUUGUACGAAAUUUGUCUUCAGGAAAAUAAAAUACUAGGCACUAUAA